AUGACAACAGCCUGUGGUUUGAUUGAAGCUCAGGACAACUGGAUCUACCUGCUGGACAUGAUCUACAUAGACUCUGCGUAUCCUGCUUCAGACAGCAUCAUCGAGACGGAGCAGAGAGCCAAUCAGAUGAACAACCUGCUGAGGGUCAUCUCAGAUAUGCAGGUGUCCUGUAAAUACGAUCACCUGGUGACGCUGCCACACGUCCAGAAGUACCUGAUGUCAGUCCGCUACAUCGAGGAGCUGCAGAAGUUUGUGGAGGACGACAACUUUAAGAUCUCUCUGAAGAUUGAACCAGGAAACAGCUCUCCUCGUAUCGCUUCAUCGAAAGAAGACCUCACAGGUCUGUCUGAAGUCUCUGUGUCCAUGAGGUACAAUCGCCGACCAACGUGUCCUGAUGCGUCUGUGGGAGUGCGCGUCCCCAGCCCGCCCCCGUCUCACCACCGCAAGAGCCACAGUUUGGGAAACAACAUGAUGUGUCAGUAUGGCAUGUCUGAGAGCCACAGCGCCACUUUCCCCAUAGAGAAAGCGCGCCACCUGCUGGACGACAGCUUCCUGGAGUCUCAGAGCCCCGUGCGCACCGACCCUCACAGCACAUCAGUGUCCAACGGGCUCUCACUGGGAAGCAGCGAAAGUUCUUUUGGUGAACAGUUGUCUCCUGGAAUUGGAGAAAGGAGCCGUAUGUACGCCACUCUCGGACCAAACUGGAGAGUCCCGCUCCGCACCUCACCCCGAAGCCGGAGCUAUGUGUUCAGUUCUUCUUCUGGAAACUGCUAUAACUGCUGUGAGGCCAGUGAUGUGACCAUCGAGGGCCCGCUGCGGAGGAAAACGCUGCUAAAAGGGGGACGCAAACCUAAGCUAUCAUCCUGGACAAGGUUUUGGAUCUCUCUAUCGGGAGCAACACUCACUUUUUAUGGCGCAAAAGCCCUUAGAGCCUCCGAGCGAAAACAUUAUAAGUCCAGUCCCUGUAAGAAAGUCUGCGUGACUGGGUGGAUGGUGGUUUUACCAGACAAUCCUGCCCGACCUAACAUUUUCCAUCUAAAUGACCCAGAUAAAGGUAAUGUUUACAAGUUCCAGACGGGGUCCAGGUUUUCAGCGAUCAUCUGGCAUAAAAAUCUGGAGGAUGCCAGUAGAAGCAGCCGGCCUCAGAUACCAGCAAACCUGAUGUCAUUUGAAUGA